AUGGGUUCCCUGGCCCUGCAGCUGUGUGCUCUCUCCUGCCUGGUGGCUCACUCGGUUUCUGGCAGCCCCAUCAUGAGCCUGGAGCAGUCGCCUCUGGAAGAAGAUAUGCCCCUGUUUGAUGAUGUCUUCUCAGAGCAAGAUGGUGUCGACUUUAACACACUGCUACAGAGCAUGAAGAAAGAGUUUCUCAAGACGUUGAACCUGUCGGACAUCCCGAUGCAGGAUGCAGCCAAAGUUGACCCACCAGAGUACAUGUUGGAACUCUACAACAAAUUUGCAACAGAUAGGACCUCCAUGCCAUCUGCCAACAUCAUUAGGAGUUUCAAGAAUGAAGAUCUCUUUUCCCAACCAGCCAGUUUUAAUGGGCUCCGAAAAUACCCUCUCCUCUUCAACGUGUCCAUCCCUCACCAUGAAGAGGUCAUCAUGGCUGAACUCAGGUUGUACACCCUGGUGCAAAGAGAUCGCAUGAUAUAUGAAGGAGUGGACCGGAAAAUUACCAUUUUCGAAGUAUUAGAGAGCAAAGGGGACCGUGAGGGUGAGAGAAGCAUGCUGGUCUUGGUGUCAGGGGAGAUCUAUGGAACCAACAGUGAGUGGGAGACUUUUGAUGUCACCGAUGCCAUCAGGCAUUGGCAAAAGUCAGGCUCAUCCACCCACCAGCUGGAGGUUCAUAUUGAGAGCAAACAUGAAAUGGAGGAUGUUGGCAGGGGACAACUGGAAAUAGACACUAGUGCCCAGAAUAAGCAUGUCCCUUUGCUUGUCGUGUUUUCUGAUGACCAAAGCAGUGAGAAGGAGAGGAAGGAGGAACUGAACGAAAUGAUUGCCCACGAGCAACUUCCGGAAAUGGACAACCUGGGACUGGAAGGUUAUUCCAGCGGACCUGGGGAAGAGGCUUUGCUGCAGAUGAGGUCAAACAUCAUCUAUGACUCCACUGCCCGCAUCAGAAGGAACGCAAAAGGAAACUACUGCAAGAGGACCCCGCUCUACAUCGACUUCAAGGAGAUUGGCUGGGACUCUUGGAUCAUCGCCCCGCCCGGAUACGAAGCCUACGAAUGCCGUGGUGUUUGCAAUUACCCCCUGGCAGAGCACCUCACCCCCACAAAGCAUGCGAUUAUCCAGGCCUUGGUCCACCUCAAGAAUUCCCAGAAGGCUUCCAAAGCCUGCUGUGUGCCCACCAAGCUGGAGCCCAUCUCCAUUCUCUAUUUAGACAAAGGGGUCGUCACCUACAAGUUUAAAUAUGAGGGCAUGGCCGUCUCUGAGUGUGGCUGUAGAUAG